UACCUCUUCUGUCCACUAGGGUCCACUGUUGUCCACUAGUAGUUAUCACUCUACCACCGCCGCACCACCACCGAAGAAGAACCUCAGUCGCUUCAUGCUGUAACGAUGGCGGCCGCCUUGAGAGGAAGCUUGGUAACAUUGGUCAAGGGCCUGAGCGGCCCGCGGUGGCAAGUGGCCUCUCGACCGUUGAGUGUGUCUGCUGCUCUCUGUGGCCCAGAAGCCCCGCCGGCCCAAGCCGAUGCUACCUUCAAGGUCACGAUGGUUCCAGGAGACGGAGUGGGACCUGAGCUGAUGACUGCUGUCAAGGACGUGUUCAGGGCAGGAGAUGUCCCAGUAGAAUUUGAGGAGUUUCACCUGAGCGAGGUGCAGAACAUGGCCAGUGAGGAGAAGCUGGAGCAAGUGUUAACCUCUAUGAAGACCAACAAAGUGGCCAUGAAAGGAAAGAUUCACACACCCAUGGAGUUCAAAGGGGAGCUGGCUUCAUAUGAGAUGAGACUGAGGCGUAAACUGGACCUGUUUGCUAAUGUGGUUCAUGUGAACAGCCUGCCGGGCUACAGCACUCGCCACAACAACCUGGACCUGGUCAUCAUCCGCGAGCAGACCGAGGGGGAGUACAGCUCCCUGGAGCACGAGAGUGUGCCGGGUGUGAUCGAAUGUUUGAAGAUCAUCACCAGAGUAAAGUCACGGCGCAUCGCCAAGUUCGCCUUCGACUACGCCACCAAGAAGGGACGGAGCAAGGUCACCGCCGUUCACAAGGCCAACAUCAUGAAAUUAGGCGAUGGCCUGUUUCUGCAGAGCUGUGCGGAGGUGGCACAACUGUACCCCAGAAUCAAAUAUGAGAACAUAAUCAUUGAUAACUGUUGCAUGCAGCUGGUCCAGAACCCGUACCAGUUUGACGUGCUGGUGAUGCCCAACCUGUAUGGUAACAUUAUUGAUAACCUGGCAGCAGGGCUGGUCGGAGGAGCAGGAGUUGUUCCCGGUGAAAGCUACAGCGCGGAGUACGCUGUGUUUGAGACUGGUGCACGCCACCCAUUUGCACAAGCUGUAGGAAGGAACAUCGCCAACCCCACAGCCAUGCUGCUCAGUGCUGCUAACAUGCUCAGGCACCUCAACCUGGAGUAUCACGCCAACAUGGUGUCAGACGCUGUCAAAAGGGUCAUCAAACAGGGCAAGGUGCGGACACGAGACCUCGGCGGUUACUGCACCACUGGCGACUUUGUGGAUGCUAUCGUGGAAAACCUGCGUCACCGACCUGUUUACUAAAGAUGUUUCGUCGUCACACUCCUCACUGACAUUCCCUUAAAUCUGGACAUUGUUCUUAACACAAACUGGAUGUUAAGAACUCCCCCCUCUCCCCUCUCAUUGCCUAAUGACUGUUGUGCCACACAGUUCACAUCAUAAUGUUUGUGAUUUAUACUGGGUUUGCUUGAUAGAUCCAGUGGAAUCAACUGUGUUGAACUCAUGGAUUUACAUCAUACAUCUAUAUCAUCUAUACAUAUUUCCUUAUAGUCACUGCACAUCUGUUACUGGCUGAUUAGAUAAUCUUUUCACUCAUUCUGGGAGACCUUUUUUUUUUAACGCCCAUUUUCAUGUCCUUGUGCUUGUUGCUUCAGCCAUGCUGGCCAUACAGACUACCUCUCUGCCAUCACACAUUGUUAGAAAGCUGCCAGACUGCCUUCAUCAACAGUUUAUAUCGACCUAUCUGCUUUUGCCUCACACUUCACCACCAACUUUUAUAAUAAAUCCACAGAAAAUCUCCUUAUGAGAUGGUCACAGUGCCCAUAAAGCCAGUUCAUUGUGAAUGGAGCAGUGCACAACAUUUACACUAAUUAUGAAUUUGUACACUGCAGGUUAUCUGUUUAGUUUUCAGUCUUGCGACAAGUACAACAAAUGAACUGGUUAAAGUCAUAACUUUUAUAUUUAAACAUCAUGUCCAAGGUCUCAUUUGAACCAGUUUUGUAUAAGAUGGUGCUGCUCGAUCACACAGAACUUUUCAUGCCACCGAUGCUGUAAGAAUUUAAAACACUGACAAAUGAUAAAUGACAAAUGAAUAAACUGAUAAAUUAAUA